AUGAUCAUUUCCAUCUUAACCGCCGUCCUCCUCAUCCUUUCUGAGGUCUUCAUCCGAAACGCCGUCGCUAAAGAAGAUCAGUUUUGUCACCAUCAGGAUGGCAGCUGCAUCGACGAUUUUUCUGAAUCAAAAAGUGUUGCCGACAAGGAACAAAACGUCAUCGAAAAUUAUACUAGCUCGGUCUUCCUCGAAAAGUCGGCGAUCAGAAUCUACUCAUCGUUCUCUGAUAGCCGGAGGCGUUGCAAUACAAUGAUGAAGACGGCUGAUGAAGACCAACAGAACGAUGACGAAGAUGCUAGUCAGCAACUCAGUCGCCACCCGUUCUGA